UCGUCAUGGGUCCAGAUCCUAUCAACGAUCCGACUCCUCAGGCUUCCCGGGGCAGCUGAUUUCCCCAAUGAAGAUCAUUUCAUGGAAUGUCAGAGGCAUCGGCUCCGAGCAGAAAAGGAGUCUAAUCAAAGAGUCAUGUAGCUCCCGAAACCCUGAUAUCCUAUGUCUCCAGGAAACAAAAACUCAGUCUUUCAGUGACAGACUGAUGAGUUCCCUGUGGAAGGUUUCUGAUGCCCAUUGGGUCAGUCUCUUUGGAUGCCUCAGGUUCUUCCGGUGGCAUCCUAAUAGCGUGGAAAUUAUCCAAAUGGAAAUUAGAAGAAUCCUGGUCCAGGUCCUUUUCAAUUUCCGUCAUUCUGACCGAUAUUUCCUCUAACCAGAGGUGUUUAAUCUCCUCGGUCUAUGGCCCAACUCUCGAUUCUAGUAGGGCUGAUCUCUGGUCCAAGCUGACUUCCUUUAGGAGGAAGUUCCAAGGCCCCUAUGGCUUCAUCGGCGACUUCAACAUCACCAGAUAUGCCGAAGAAAAAUCCCACGGCCGCAUCGUCUCCUCUAUUAUACGCUCCUUCUCCAACUGGAUCGACGACCUCCAACUCGUUGAUCUUCCACUUCUAGGUUCAAGACUCACCUGGACCAACUGCAGAUUGAAGCCCUCCCUCUCUAGAUUAGAUAGAUUCCUUCUAUCUCCAGACUGGCUGGAGACCUAUCCCUCUACUUCUCAGACCACCCUCCCAAGAUCAACUUCGGACCACUGCCUGAUAAUGUUGUCUUCUGAAGAUCUCAAUUGGGGUCCAAAGCCUUUUCGGUUUGAAUCAUCUUGGCUUAACUAUGAUGGGUUUUUUCAGUUGGUCUCAGACUGGUGGGGCAGUUUCCAGGUGGAGGGAUACGCAGGUUAUAAUCUCUGUACCAAACUCAGAAGGCUGAAGACAGAGCUCAAAAGAUGGAACAAAGAUGUGUUAUCCAAGAGGGAAUUGACACGGAAUCUAUCAAGGCUGAAAUUCAGGCGAUCAAUGUUGCAACGGAAAAAGGCCAUGUCUCUGGAGAUUCUAGCUCAAAGGAUUCAGCUCAUUCAGUCCCUGUCAGCUAGGGCUCUUGACAACGAAAUCGCGUGGAAACAGAGAUCCCACGCCAAGUGGCUGAAAGAAGGGGACAAUAAUUCCAAAUUCUUUCACUCUAUAGCCAGCAUGCACGCUAGGUGCAACAGAAUCAGCUACAUUCACGUUAAGGGGCGCCGCAUCGAGGAUAAAGAAGAAAUAUCAAAGGAAGCAAUCCUUCAUUUCAUUUCCCUUCUAAGCGCCGAUGGUUGGGACAGACCGGGCCUGGAUUCUCUUCACUUCAAUAAUCUCAGUCCCCUAGAUGUUGACUCCCUUGUAGCUCCAUUUUCAGAGGAAGAAGUGAAGACGGCUCUGAAUUCUCUUGGCAGCGACAAGGCCCCAGGCCCUGAUGGCUUUCCUCUCUGCUUCUUCAUUUUUUUUGGGAGCUUAUCAAAGCAGACAUUAUGUUGUUUUUCAAAGAAUUCCACGACAGAGGAAUCCUCUCCGAAGGCCUAGGGUCUUCUUUCAUCGUGCUUAUCCCUAAAGUUCCUAGCGCAAGUUCCUUCUCUGAAUUCAGACCCAUGAGUCUAAUUGGUGGCCCCUACAAAAUUCUGGCCAAAGUCCUAGCCACCCGUUUGAAGCUAAUCCUCAGCAACAUCAUCUCCUCUCAUCAACGUGCUUUCAUCCCGGGCAGACAGAUCAUCGACUGUGCGUUAAUAGCUAAUGAAUGUAUGCAUUCCUCUUUCAAAGACGGUCGCAAAUCUAUCUGCUACAAGCUUGAUAUCGAAAAGGCCUACGACCAUGUCGAUUGGAAAUUCAUCUAAUACAUGAUGAGGCGUAUGGGAUUCCCUAACAAAUGGUGUAGAUGGAUUGGAGAGUGUUUAGGAUCAGCUCAUUUCUCUAUCCUCAUCAACGGCACCCCGAAAGGCUUCUUCAAGAGUUCCAGAGGCAUCCGACAGGGAGACCCUCUCUCCCCUUUCCUCUUUCUAAUCGUUGGAGAAGCCCUCUCCAGUCUGAUCCAGGAAGGCCAAUCUGCUGGCAUUCUCAGUGGCAUCAGAAUGAGAGGCCUUCCUUCCCUGGUUUCCCAUAUUCAAUUUGCAGAUGACACCCUCAUCUUCAGCGAUGCGGAUCCGAUUAAGGUCGACAACAUCCGCACCACGAUCAAGAGUUUCGAAGCAGUCUCGGGCCUCAGAAUCAACCUGUCCAAAUCAAAAAUGUUCGGCGUUAACCUUACAGACGAAGAGGUCAGCUCUUUUACUCGCUCUUUUGGUUGCUCUACCACCUCCCUCCCUGCUUCUUUCGUGGGCCUCCCAUUAUGUUUGGGAACGCCACCUAUAUCCAUUUAGGAUAAGGCCAUCAACAAGUUCAAAAAGUAUCUAGCCAGAUGGAAGUGCAGAUACCUUUCCCUGGGAGGCCGCAUCACUCUCAUCAAAGCAGCCCUCUCCAAUCUUCCAACAUACUUCAUGUCUCUCCUAAAAUGUCCAACAGCGGUGCUAUCUAGGCUCGAAAAUCUCAGGCGUGCCUUCCUCUGGAACAGAAAGGAAGAUUACAAGAAAUUCCACCUGGUCAAUUGGUCUCAAGUCUGUCAGCGGCACGAAUUUGGUGGGGUAGGUAUUAAAGUCUUGAAGAGGAUUAACAUAGCCCUCCUUGGAAAGUGGAUUUGGAGGCUAGGAUCAGAGGAUGAUAAUCUGUGGAACAAGAUCAUCAAAGGAAAACAUGGUAGAUCGAGAGGUGGUUGGUGGUCAAAUGAUUCUUCUCGUUAUAGGGCCUCCCCCCUUUAGAAGGGGAUUAUUUCUAUUAAGAAGGUAGUUCUUCCUUAUAUCGGCUUCGGUCUCGAAAAUGGAGCCAAGAUACAGUUUUGGGAAGAUAUAUGGGUGGGUGAAGGCGUGAAGCCCCCCUGAAAGUUAAUUUUCCGAACAUUCAUCGUCUAGCCUCCAACCCCAUGUCUUUUGUUGCCAACUACUUCUCAGUUUUGGACAACAAGAUCGACUAGAUCAUUGAUGUUAGGAGGAACCUUCAGGACUGGGAGACUAAUGAGCUUGCGGGUCUUCUUCAGCGCAUUAAUUCGAGCACGCCAGAUAUCUUCAGCCCGGACAAGCUAAUUUGGAAGGCGAACAAUUCCAGCACCUUCUCAGUCAAAUCCCUCUACCAUCACCUGGACCAAGGCUCGAUCUCCUUUGAGAUCCACCCUCCCUCAAAAUUCUGGAAGUAUUAUGUUCCCCCCAAGCAUGCUGUUUUCGCAUGGCUAGUGGGGUCCAAACGAAUUCUAACAAUGGACAAUUUGAGAAACGGAGGUUUGCCGAUUGUCAACAUAUGCCUAUUUUGCAUGAAGAACGAAGAAAAUAUUGACCACCUCUUACUCUCCUAUCCCUUCAUUUCUGAAAUUUGGUCAGAUUUCCUCAGCUGCUUCAAUUUGAAAUAGUGUCUCCCCGGUUCGGUCUCUACGCUUAUCAAAGCCUGGCACAGGGUCAGGUUGGGUAAGAAGAAGACGAAGAUCUAGCACAUGGCGAUCAUAGCUAUCUAGUGGUCGGUUUGGGAAGAAAGAAACGACAGGUGUUUCAGGGACGUCUCCAAUCCCAUCGUGCAUAUCGUCAGUAAAGCCAAGCGUCUACUGAUUGAAUGGCUGGUUUAUGUUGUAGGUUUUAAUCAAGUAGAUUUUCUUUUUCUUGGGGUGUAAUUUUUAGUUUUGCCUUCUCGGCAAAUCUUUUUGCCCCUAUAAUUAUUUCCUUCUUGUUCUUUCCCCCCUCCCUUCUUCUCAAUAUAUAUUCAGUGAUCUUUCAAAAAAAAAAAAAACAGCCAUUUUAAAGUAAAAUAACAGAAUAUACGAGAACUAUAUCGUGAUUCGAGAAUUGAGAAGAUAAUUAAGAAGCUGGUAAACUCCAUAUGUAAUGAAACGAAUGCUGAUGGAGGUAAUCUUGUAAGUUCUCUGUUAUGAUCCUACCCCAUAGGAGAUUUCUUGAGAGUAGAACCAGCAAGGACCAUAUGUUAUUUCAGAAGUAUGCAAAAAUCUGUACUUGAAGAUGGUUGAGGAAAUUGUUCGUGUUUAGUUCCAGUUGCAUAAAUGAGCGUGAUGUGACAGUGGAACACAAAGCAAGGGUUUAGAGUUGUAGACAAGAUGCAUGGGAGAAAAUGGAUUGUAUGACAUAAUACUAAAAUGCUUGUAACUUGUUCUCUAGAUAUUCCAUUGAAUUCCGUCAAGUCCACACAUGUAUAGAGCGCUGCCUAUCACACCAUUACACAAUAAUGUGGCAUGCAUGUGCAAAUAUCCAAGCAAUCAUUCAGUCCAACCACACUAAGUAGAACACCUAGGCUAAAAUCUAGCAAGUUUAUUUAGCUUAGAAAAACAUAUUUUAUCCAUCAGCUCCAGGCAAAAUAUAACAUUCCGCACGCUAAGUGUCUCUAUAUAUGAUUAUAUUCAAUGCAAUCCUUCAUGUUGACCCCUUUAUGGAUGUAAAUGAGGAAGAGUCGUGGAAAUAAAGAGGCAUGAGAUGCCUCGCCAAUCCACAUAUCUUCCCAAAUCCACACUCAACCCAAGUCAUAAAACAAUCCUGCUCCUCAAAAAGCUACACCUUACUUAACAACAAAUAGCUUGGAAAAACAUACUCUAUCUGUCCAUUAGAUUCCUGAAAUUCAUAUUCAAUGCAAACCUUCACCUUGACUCCUUUGUGGAUGUAAAUGGACUGGAGACAUGGAAACAGAGAGGAAAUAGUUGCAUUGCCAAUCCAAGAACUUGCCAAAUCCUCACGGCAUCCAACCUUACCUUGAAAAGGAUCCAGUGGAAUAUAAAAAUUGUCCAUCAACUAGAUCAGACUGUCAAGACCGGAACCUAGCAAGAACCUAUGCUGGUUGACUAAGCCCAGGUACGGGUACUAGGAACUGACCCAAACCCAAUCCAUUAGCACUAUCAACAAAGUUCUCUAAGAGGAUUGUUAGGCACAAGCGUGGAUGAGGCGUGUCAUCUAUAAGCUAUUGCAUGUGUAGAGCAAUGGAAAUAUAGAAGUUGUCCAUCAAGGUCAGAGUGUCAAGAUAUUCUCACCAAAAUAUCAGGCUGAUGGGCUCACCAGGUGCGCCCAAUUCAAUCCUCUGUUCAAGUAGUCAACUGACCUGCGAACCCAAAACAAGACUACCCCUAAAAGCCCAGUCUCAUCAAAUAUUAACAAGAGAUAAUUAUUAUGUGGGUUUUUUGCAUUUUAGCUACCACUGUUUUUCAUUGGGCUAUGUUUCUUUUGAUUUCCUUUUUCUUUUCUUUUUUAUCUCCUUUAAUCCAUUUGGUUCUUCAUCAUCAUCAUCAUCAUCAUCUAAGCAUUAUAUUUGGGUUCAGCUUCAUGAAUCUUGUUCCAGCCAGGGUCAGCUACAAGAAUCCUAUUCUGCCAU